AAACUUGCCUCAAGUACACACAUGCAAUUUAUUUCAAGGAAAGGUUCAGUCAGCUCUACAGACAUUGUGAUAAACUCUCAUGCACAAACAGGUGGUGUGUACUAAUGGACCAUUUAUUGAUUUUUACUACUUAAGCGUUACUGCAAUACAAAAUACAUAUGAAGGCGAUGGAGUGUCAUUCAUUUAAUUUUAUUAUAAUAUACACUAGUAGUAAGGUAAUAUUCCAAUAGGCAUUGGAUUUUAUACGGGUUAUUUAAAUGAAGGGUCACACAUUUCUUUUAUGAUAAAAUAAAAGGUUUCUGGUUGGGAUUGCUAUAUGCUAUAGACUAUAUGUGUGUACAGGCAUAAGAGGAGGGAGGGAUUUCCCAUAUAUCCCAUUCCAUGUCCCCCCCUAACCCCCACCCCCUACUCUCCACCCAUCCAUUGUGGUACCCAGGAUAGGGAUGAUGCGUAAAGGAAUGUCGCAUCUCUUGGAUGCGUCCAGCGCGAGGACAACAGAUGGAGCCUCGUGCUGUUGAGAGUAGGGUUAAUACCAACUGAAUGGGGCGUGGUUUAGAUCAAUAAUAACCGCCUCACUGUAGUCAUCUGUUGAAAAAAAAAAAGAAGAAGAAGAAAAGAACAAAAACCAGUGUCCUGACAGCUGAGAGCUAGUAUCUCUGCUGUCCACGCUGGACAGCUCUAGUUUCCUGGAGGAAAGGAAGCUGGAUGUGCGCAGCAGCUCUCCUCAGCUUCCACCGGAGGAAAUUACUUGGCGACGGCUGAUCUGAAGGAGGUGGUGCGACCUGAAAUGACUGUUUGAUCGUCCCCCUGCCGCGCCUCCAGCACGGAGCCCGGGGAGAUUUCAUCGCAGGAGCGGAUGAAAGCAACAGUCCAAGAGACUCGCUGGAGCAAAGGUGAACGGAAGGUAUAAACAAGCUGGAAAUUGUCGGUGAAGUAAAGUCAUCCAGGGGAGCACAGUCUGGCUGCUUCAUCAGGAUUGCGACUGCCUUACGUAACUGAGCUUUGUGGAGGGACUGGCAGGGAAACUGCUGGUGCCGAGUUGUUGAAUCACAGCGAGGAAACGCAGGUGAAGAGAGAGGAGCACAGUCACAAGUUUUUCUAUCCACUCAGCAUGAUCGGUGAAGACGCCGUCUCCCAUCACCAGUGAGCACAUCAGCAUGAAUGAGGGUCGCAGGCAGUGCGGAGGGACCAUCACUGUGGAGGCUGAUGUCAUCCUCCACGCUGUGAACCCUGACCUUGUCACACCUCCCGACAAAGACGGGAAUUUAUGUCCAGGUUAUGUUAAGGGAUUCCUGCAGGAUGACAAGGAUUUCAGCCCUCCUCCAGUGUUUGAGAAACAAUACCUGUUGGAUGGAAGACUGAUGGAGAAUAAUCAUAUCGAUCAUCAGAAAGGUAACGGCUCGUACAUCUCAAGAGCUGAUCAGUUCCACCUCUCCAAUGAUAAGGGCGCGCUAGAUCUCCCUCUUCAUACUGACUCCACUGUUUCCAAUCACAUCGCUGGCAUGCAACAAAAUUGUACAAGCAGUGAAAUCCACAACGGCGCCAGAGCUAAAGUGUCUUACGGUGCAGAUUCCUCUGUAUGCUUGUCUAGCCAAGCCAAACAGGAAACUGAUCGGCCAAUCUUAAAAUCGAACCUCAGCCAGGAGGCUGAAAACCCACAGGCUAAAAAAGAGCCUGAUUUAGUCAUCGAAGUGGGCGGGCAGACGAUCAGCGCUCACAAGUCUGUCCUGGCAGAGAAGAGCGACUACUUCAAAGCACGGCUGUCACGAGAUAUCCUGAAAGUGAAGGGAGUGAGCUACAAGACUUUGUCUACACUGAUAGACUAUGUUUACACUUCCCAGAUGAAUGUUGGCAAGGACAACGUUGUGGACGUCAUCACGGGCGCUAAAAUCCUUCAGAUCCCCUGUGCUGUCCAGGCGGCCAUGGACUCCAUGUCUGAACAAAUCCGUGCAGAGAACUGCUACGAGAUUCUGACCAUCGCCAAAAAGCAGCGACUGAGCGAACUGAAGGAGACGGCCUACGGCUUCAUGAGUGACAAUUUCCUCCAGAUCCUCAAAGACCCCGCUGUGUACGGCCGUCUGACUGGGUCUGAGAGGGAUCUGAUCCUGAAGAAGAGAAUGGAGGGGAGGAAGACUCUGAUGGUCGCAGAGAUAAAUGAUGUGUUCGAUCGAGUUGGGAGCCGGCCGCCAAGCCGCUGUGGCAGCCGACCGCAGAGCCCCUUGUCGGUGGGGUCUUUAGAGGAGAACCAUAUGAUUUACCACUUUAACGAAACAGCAAAUGACUGGAGACCUCUGACUGCGAUGCCUGAGGACAUAAACACUAAAGGGUGUGGGAUCUGCACCAUGUAUAAUUACCUGUUUGUGGCAGGGGGAAUAAAGGGCUACGGGGACAAGGGCAAGGUUUCCGACAAAGUCUUCUGUUACAACCCCAUAACCAACCGCUGGGCUGAGGUCAGACCACUGAACCAGGCUCGUGCCCAGCUAAAGCUUGUGUCUAUGGAUGGCUACUUGUACGCCAUUGGAGGGGAGUGUUUGUUUACAGUGGAAAAAUAUGACCCUCGCAUGGACCGCUGGACCACGGUGGCCCCCUUGCCCAAGGGAGCCUUCGCGGUGGCCCACGAAGCCACCACCUGCAGUGGAGAACUUUAUGUUUCAGGCGGCUCCCUCUUCUACCGCCUUCUUAAGUACGACCCCAAGAGGGACGAGUGGCAGGAGUGCCCCUACAACAACAGCAGGAAGAAGUCCACCGACAUGGUGGCUUUCAAAAGCUUCAUCUACCGCUUUGACGUCAACCGUGAGCAGGGCAUUAACGUUUUCAAAUACAACACCAUAGUGAAAAUGUGGCAUGAUUGCGCUUCACAGAGGCUUGGAAGUCAUUUACCCUUCAGGUGUGCUGUUAUCGAGAACUGCAUCUACUGUGUGAACAAAGCCCAGACUCUCCAGUUUGUAGUGGAGGAGGAGAAUGCCUACUUUGUUGAAGAGACGCUCAGGGCGCCUCUGGAGGCCAAAGGCGUUCUUUUCCCUUUUGUUCUCACUUUGCCUGAAAAGCCCGAGAAAGUUACAUAGUGUGUGUGUGCACGUGUGUGUGUGUGUGUGUGUGUGUGUGUGUGUGUGUGUGUGUGUGUGUGAGAGAGAUCCAGAAUAACACACUCCAUGGGUCAUAGCAAAACUGGAAUAAGCAAACCUUAUAUACACUCUUCAAUGUCAGCUUUCUAUCUCAGUGUCUCAUUGCCUGCUUGCAAUGGAAUGUGUGUAUUUGCAUGGCAAUUUAAUGCGUCUACAGGGUUAAGCCUUAAAAAUAAAACUUUUUCUUUAGUGUUGAAUGAAUGCAACCAUACUUGUAACUGACUAUAGAUGAUGACAUGAUGAAAGUGACUGUGGAUCAUUUUGUGUAUUUCCUGUGUUCAGUUUCGUUUUGGUGCAAUUUUGUAGUUAGAAUAGAAAUUAUUUAGAACAUAUUAACUAGUUUACUGGUGACUUUGGUAACAAAAACAAGUGUUUUCUUGAAAAUUGUAGAAAAAAACCCGUAUGGAAGCAGUUAUAGUGCGCUUUAUGAACGAUGCAACACAGGUUCUAUGCAAAUGAAACAGAAUAUACAGGUGGGUCUGCUGUAAUGCUGUGCUAUUUAGUAGAAACUAUGAAAUGAGUAGGAGUACAAUAUUUCUCAAACCCUGACCUGCAUCGCCUUCGAUUAAUCCUGUGAAAUAUUGUCACAUUAUGAUCAGUAAAAAAAAAAAAGAAACUACUGAAUCCGCUUUUAAGCCACAUAAAUAUUCAUCCUGGCUAAGCAGUUAUGGAACUCAUAGUACCUAAUCGUAAUUCAGGGGACCUUAUCAGUCAAUGCAACUCUGCAUUUCCACACUACAAUACAUGAACUACAUUUAUUUUUAGAUUCAGAAUAUGCUAUUUUGCUUAUAGUGCCUACUCACGGUUGUAACAGGUCCUACAUUUAGUACAUUUGCCAAAGAUGCAUAAUAAUUCUGUCAGGCUAUAAUAAAUCUAUCAAACUUACAUAUAGUGUAUUUUCACAUCUUUUGUGGAUUAAGUUCUUAAUGAAAAGCAUUCUUUAGACGUCACCCCAGUCGAGUCAAAAAGUAAAGCAGUAGUUUUUGUAGGAGGAAGGGCAUCGUGUUUGCUGCUAACAGGUGUUUUCUGGAAGGUUUAACCCAGUCCCGCAGAUUACACAGAGAAGCUGCUUUAAUCUCACCUUCCCUGUCUGUGUUUCAGAGUAACAGCCUGCUCACCUGUUACCAGGUUACUUCCCUGGUGAGGGCCCAUCCCUUUAAAGUCAAACAUCAACUGAGACCACUGUGCUUCAUUUCAGGUCAUGGCCCUCACUGCUUCAACGAAGAAGUUUUAUGACACUAAUUAACCAUGUUCUUCUUGCAUCAGUGCACAUUAGUACCAAUUCUGCUCUAAAUUUCCUUCUUUUAGACAUUUCACAGUACUUGUUUGCAGCUGCAAUAACACAGCGGGAGUUUUGUAUGGAAGCUAAUGCUGAUUUAUUCUUGGAACAAAUUGCUUUUGAUAAUAUUUGUAGAAGUGUCUCCAUGCAAGUCAAUGUGACUCAGACAAAAUGGAUGUGGUUUUGAUAUUUUGGCUGGCUGGCUGGCAUCUGUAUUUUUGUGAAUUCUUUUAUGUAAGGACUUGGUAGUUUUGGAUCUGCUGCUGUGAUGGACAGUAAAGUAAUGCAACGCUAAAGGCUUCCUGUUCAUGGCAUAUGGAGUGGGCUAACAAAUAAGCUGUUGGAUAAUGUUUAUCGGUCAGAAUUAAGUGCUUCAAAUAAAAUAUUUUGUGUCUGAAAAUGA